AUGCCGUCCUACGCGCACCACCAUAGCAGCCCUCUGGAUGAUGGCAGGAUGGACGUGCUGAAGUGUAGCAACAGCGUCCCGCCGGAGGAGACAGCGGAGGACGCCGCCGCCGCCGGGGCGCUGGUUGAGAAAGACGGGUUCUCGGUCGAGGACCUGCUGGACCUCGAGGAGUUCGGCGAGCCUGACAAGGACGGCGCAGAACACGAGGAUGACGCGCCGCCGGUGGCCGCCGCGGUCCAGGAGAAGUCGAAAGCGGACUCGCAGCCGCUGUCGGUCGUGACGUACGAGCUCCCGCCGCCGCCGGAGAUGGUUGACCUGCCGUCGCAUGACGUCGAGGAGUUGGAGUGGGUCUCGCGUAUCAUGGACGACUCGCUCUCCGAGCUGCCGCCGCAGCCGCCCGCUGCUGUGGUCGCGUCGUUGGCAGGGCGGCCCCCGCUGGCGCAGCAGCGGCGACCGCCGCUCGCGCACGACGGUGCGUACCGUGCGGUGGCGCCGCCGCAGCCGCCCGGCUCGCUGCGGACGCCGACCAUAUGUGCGCUGUCAACGGAGGCGAUGAUACCGGUGAAGGCGAAGCGCAGCAAGCGGUCGCGGGGCCCGGGGUGGUCGCGGUCGGGCGCCUCGUUCUUGUCCGACUCGGCGUCGUCCUCGUCGACCACAACCACUUCCUCGUGCUCCUCGUCAGGUUCGUUCUCGCCGUUCCUUCGUCGGGACUCGCCCCCCUUCGGCGGGCUCGAGUUCGGCGAGGGCUUUUACAGCCACCUCCUGCCGCGGCCGCCGCCGUCGAAGAAGUCCAAGCACGGUGCCAAGGGCAGCAAGCACAAGCCCAAGAAGCGCGGGCGCAAGCCGAAGCAUCUCCCUCCGCACCACCCGUUCGCGGCCGGUGCGGCCGCGUCGCAGCAGCCCGGGCCCAGCGACCGCCGCUGCAGCCACUGUGGCGUGCAGAAGACCCCGCAGUGGCGCGCGGGGCCCGAGGGCGCCAAGACGCUGUGCAAUGCGUGCGGCGUCCGCUACAAGUCGGGGCGGCUCCUCCCCGAGUACCGCCCGGCGUGCAGCCCCACGUUCGAGAGCAGCAUCCACUCCAACUCCCACCGCAAGGUGCUCGAGAUGCGCCGCAAGAAGGAAGGCGGCAUGGUCGCCACCGCCGCGCCGGCCGUGGCGUCGUUCUAA